ACUGAGUUGAAUUCUAAACUGAAACGAGUAAUCAAUACUGAGUGUCUCUGUCGUUCAAAUGUUGUCUUAGCUGUUUCAGGUGGGAUAAAGUGGCUUCAAAUUUGGCAAAUUGUUAUAAGGAUGGAAAUUGAAAGCUGAAGUGUGCUUAAUUUUCUUUUUUAGGUUUUAACUAAACACCAAGCCAACAAAUAGCAACGCGCCGAGAACGAUUUACUACUGCAAAACUUACCUUGAUGCACUGAGGGCACAGGAAAGAAUGAGCUAUUACGGCAACAGCUAUCGGAUUGUAAACGUGGACCCUAAAUAUCCAGUCUACCCGCCAGAACACAUUAUAGCUGAGAAAAGAAGAGCAAGAAGACGCCUGCUCCACAAAGAUGGCAGCUGUAAUGUGUACUUCAAGCACAUUUUUGGAGAAUGGGGGAGCUAUGUGGUCGACAUUUUCACCACUCUUAUGGACACCAAGUGGCGCCAUAUGUUUGUGAUAUUUUCUUUGUCUUACAUUCUUUCCUGGUUGAUUUUUGGCACGAUCUUUUGGCUAAUAGCCUUUUAUCAUGGAGAUCUGUUGAAUGAUCCAGACAUCACACCUUGUGUGGACAACGUGCAUUCUUUUACAGGGGCAUUUUUAUUCUCCCUUGAGACUCAGACCACCAUAGGUUAUGGCUACCGCUGUGUCACUGAAGAAUGUUCUGUGGCGGUGCUCAUGGUGAUCCUUCAGUCCAUCUUAAGCUGCAUCAUAAACACCUUCAUCAUUGGAGCUGCCUUGGCCAAAAUGGCAACUGCCCGAAAGAGAGCACAAACCAUUCGGUUUAGCUAUUUCGCACUCAUAGGCAUGAGAGAUGGGAAGCUUUGCCUCAUGUGGCGCAUAGGUGAUUUCCGACCAAACCAUGUGGUGGAAGGGACAGUUAGAGCCCAACUUCUCCGCUACGCAGAAGACAGCGAAGGACGGAUGACAAUGGCAUUUAAAGACCUGAAGUUAGUCAAUGACCAGAUCAUCCUUGUCACACCAGUAACUAUUGUUCAUGAAAUUGAUCGUGAGAGCCCUCUUUAUGCCCUUGACCGCAAAGCAGUGGCCAAAGAUAACUUUGAGAUUUUGGUGACAUUUAUCUAUACCGGUGAUUCCACCGGGACAUCUCACCAGUCCAGAAGUUCCUAUGUCCCUCGAGAAAUUCUCUGGGGCCACAGGUUUAAUGACGUUUUGGAAGUUAAGAGAAAGUAUUACAAAGUGAACUGUUUACAGUUUGAGGGAAGUGUUGAAGUAUACGCACCCUUUUGCAGUGCCAAACAAUUGGAUUGGAAAGAUCAGCAGCUCCACAACAUGGAAAAAGCACCACCUGUCCGAGAAUCCAGCACGGCAGACACCAAGGUCAGGCGAAGGUCAUUUAGUGCGGUUGCCAUUGUCAGCAGCUGUGAAAACCCCAAGGAGACCACUACCUCUGCCACGGAUGAGUGUAAGGAAGCGCCUUAUCAGAAAGCCCUCCUAACUUCAAAUAGAAUCUCUGUAGAAUCCCAAAUGUAG